AUGUCGGUCCCUCAGGCUUCUGUCAAGGUUGCUGGUUCUGGCCUUUUAGGCGAGAUCAUUACGCCUGAUCUCGUCAAGGACACCCUCGCGACUUGGCAGGAUACCUUUCCCGACAAGGACAUGCUGCCCUCCGCGACGCUGACGCGCCUCUCGCUGGCGCACAACUACGUCGCCGGCUUUACGCUCACUCUCCCCGUCGUGAAGACGGUGUUCAAGUUCAUGGUGAUCGAAAUAAACACGGCCCAAAAAUUCAACAAGACGAACGCAGCGUUCAUGGAGUACCUCAAGCCGGUCCGGGAGGGGAAAAGGGGCGCGUCGUGGGACUGGGACUGGGUGGCGAAGUUCUUGCAGGGCGGGUUCCCGGAGAACGUGAAGCCAGAAGUAGUGCGGCCGGACGAGGUUGGGCGUAGGGGUGUGAACUUUGGGCCCAUCAGGUGGUGGGUGACAGUUGGCGGUCUGCGGGAGAAGCAGUUGCCGACACGCGCCGACAUCGUCAAGCACUACGAAGAGCGCAAGCGCGAGACCGAGAAGCGCAAGCGCUACGAAGAAGCCAUCGCGCAAGUCCAGGACGACGGCACGGACGACUAUAUACCCACUCCCGCAACCCAGUCGCCCCAGCCUUCAUCACCACCGAAGGCGCGCAAGUCCAAACGCGCGGAGGCUCCGCCUGCGCCGGCGACAGCGGCUGAUUGGGGCCAUCCGUCAACAUGGCCCGACUACCACCUCAAAUCCGACGAGGUUUGGCGCCCGCCCCCCAACGCCAACUCCGCGAACGUGCAGCUCAACCGAACGCGCAAGGAGAUCUUCGACAAGGCGAAGGCGCUCAAGCCCGGCGAGUACUUGACGGAGUGUGACGUGUGGAGUAUUCCUGAGGCUCACGGCCUGGACUCCGAGAAUCCCGGCUUGAAGAUGAGGCGAUCGUGCCAGAGCUGCAUCGAGCUCGGCAUGAAAUGCAUCAACCGCGGCUUGCAGAUCUGCCUCAAGUGCUACGUCGCCAAGCGCAAGUGCCUGGACGGCCAGUUGCCGAAGGACAAGGUGUACAAGAACCACCCGAGGGUCAAGGCAAAUCCGGCAGUCCGUAGGGCAUUCAUGCUCGACCUCGAGAAGAAGGGAUAUAUUCCGCCCGACGGCCACAAAAAGUGGUUCAACUACUUGUGGCAAAGUCACAUGCGCAAGGGCGACGCGGCCGCCCAGGUCCCUUCGCCCGCUGUUCCCGCUCCUCCGCCAGCUCUUACACCCGUCGAUCCCCCCGCGCCAGCUCAGGACGAGAAGAAGAAGAAGAAGAAGAAGUCCGCAUCGUCCACGACGUCCGACUCCAGCUCCUCUGCGUCGUCGUCGUCAUCGUCGUCGUCGUCGUCGAGCUCGUCAUCUGAAUCCGACGAUGACGACGCUGAAAAGCGCAAGAAGGCGAAGAAGGCGAAGAAGGCGAAGAAAGCCAAGGCGAAAGCCAAGGCGAAGGCCAAGGCCGAGGCGGAGGCGGAGUUGGAAGGGCAGCCUGCUGGCGCUCAGCAGGACGUCGAGAUGGCGGAGAUUACGUUUGGGGAGGAGGAGAGUCUGCAGGACCCCGACGCCCUGCCGAAUGCAGCUGAGGAAAUGGACGCGGACUUCGACUUUCCCCCGCCAUCGCCUCCGCCGGUUUCUCCGCCGGUUCCUCCGCGUGCGCCCCCGCCGGCUGGACCGACGGACGCGCAGUCCACCUCGUCGCCUGAAGUCGGCUCCAAGCGUCGUCGCGAUACUGGACGCAGCCAAGGAGGCGACUCGGGCGUACAGCAGAGCCCUGAGCAGCGCCCAGCAAAGAAGACGCGUCCGGACGACAAGAUCGACGGUCGGCCUGCUGGAGCUGCAAAGGGCAAGGAGCCGGCGGGCUCUGGGACGCGCAACGGCCCGAUCUACGUUCAUCAACCGCCCGCAACACCGCAAAAGGAGCAGGAGCGCCCACCGGUUGAGCGCGCCAAGCCUGGCGAAUUUCAGGAGUAUCCUCCUCGCCCGCCGCCCAUCCCGUCCGUCCACCCGAUCUCGCAACCCGACGCGACGUUGAGCGAGCUUCGCUACAACGACCUCAAGAACAAGAUCGAGUUCGACAGCAAGACCAACGCAAAUGGCGUGCGCGAGUACAUCGCGAAGGUGUACGACAAGAACACCGUGCUCCCCCGGCACACGGAGGUCAUCAACGGGCUGAACUCGCUUCAAGGCGCGCUCAACGGCAUACGCGAUCACUCUCGGCUCACGGCCGUCGAGACACGCCUCACGAAUCUGGAGGAGGAGCUGAAGAGGCAGGCCACCGAGCGCAAGGCCAAGCUCGACAACAUCGAGAGCUUGUUGAAGAGCUUCCUCGGCGGCAAGCAGGCUGAUGCGCGGGCGCUGGAGACGCGCGGGGUCCAGACUGGACCGUUUCAGGCCGAUGGCGACAUCGAGAUGGGCCCCUCAGCGCGAGAGGCCGCUGAGGCUGUACGUCAGGUUCUCUCGGAGAGCCGCACGCAAGGCGAGGAGGCUGCGAGAGGCGCGGGGGAGUCGAUGCCGGAGGCAACUCAGUCGUCUCCGCCGGAGGAUGCGCCCCCGCCGGCAUCUCCGCAUGCGGUCCCUCCGCCUCCGCCAGCAGCUUCUGCGACGGCACCCCCGCCGGCUCCUCCGCGCGCAACGUCUCCGCCGCCGUCAGCCUCUCAAGCUUCCCCGCCGCACCCUGCGACAGAUACAAGCGCUCCUCCGCCGCGUUCCCCGCCCGCCGCCUCCGCGUCCACUGCGGCUGUCGUUCAACAGCCCAGCGUUACGCCCGCCGCCAACUCAAGCGCGAGGCGAUCGCCUGCACCGCUCGUGUCCGUCGCUACGCCCGGUGCUACCGCAUCGCAGCCUGCGUCUGUCGCCAGCUUACCGGGAUCCCCAGCAUCGGGACCGUCAUCACUGUCGGAUGCUACAAGUGACAGUGAUGACGAUGUACCCGAACCCGAGGGCGGAAAGAACUGGCCGGCAGGGAAGGCAGCUGGCGCUACCGACGAGGAGGGCAGCGACGAGGAUCCUGAUGCGAUCGGGAGUCCGGAUCCGGCCUUGGCGAAGUCCGCCUCAAAGAAGCAGGUGGAGAGCGACGACGACGUUGAAGUAGAAGGCACGCUUCCCGCUCCCCCUCUUCCUCCCGCUCGUCCGCAACAGCCUGAUCCUGAGGUGGUUCCCUCCUCUCAAGCUGGUGAGACCGACAACACGCCAGCAGGACUGGCUGUUGUGGACGCGGAUGGCGACGUGACGAUGGCGGAGAAACCGGCGGGCGCCCGCGCUAGCGCUGCUGGGCCGACGGAGGACUGGGCGAAGAUUGCGGCAGAUGCGGAGGCUCAGAAGAGGGCCUUGCAGGAGGAGGAAGCUCGUGAAGCUGCCGCUCGCGAGGCAGGUACGCCGAAGGGAACUGGCGCGCGCAAGACGGCGAAGCGCAACGUCAAGCCUGCUGCAGCUCAGUCGGCCGCAGUUCCCCCAAGUCCUGCUGUCACCGGUAAGGCUACUCGAUCCAAGGGCAGGGUGGACGAUCCUGGUGAACUCCCGCCGACUCGCAAACCUCGCACGGCCAAGUCGUGA